AUGCCUGGAUUUAGAUUUGACAGCCCGGACCGCAGCUUCUGGCCGCCUCCCUGUCAAGCUACUGCCCCCAAUACCCCUACCCCUAGUCGUGAGCAAUUUGCUCGACUGGCGGCCAUGCCCUCUCAGAGUCCGUUUCCUGAUCAAGUAAUGAAUCAGGAUGAAACAGACAUUUCUAACCCUCCAACCUACCCUCCAACCUACCCUCCAUUGGACUUGGGAAAUCUUGAACAGUUGGUUAAUCUGGAUGUCAUGCAACAAAUCAAGUCUCAAGACGAAGCGCUGACUGAGGCUCGUCGCAACGCCGAAAAUCAGGCAAACAUUCAGGCCGGCAGGAUCAAGGCUCUCGAAGCUCUGAAUAAGGAUCUCAACUCCAGGAUCGAGACAGCAGAGAUGGAGAUAGAUGCCAAAAACACAUCUGUCAUGAGAGCCAAGAGCGAGGCUCGAAAGCACAGCGACAAGACAGAGGAGUUACAGGCCAAGCUUUCUGACUCGGAGAUGAGGAAGCAAUUCCUGAGAGGAAGACUGAUCCAAUCCGAGAAGGAGAUGAAGGCUAGAGACGCCAGAGCCGAGGAGCUGGUCAGCAUGAACCGAGAGAUGACUCUAGAUAUAGAGAGGAAGCAGCAGGAUUGGGCAAUUCUGGAGAGUAGCUUGCGGCAGCAGCUUGAAGAUGCCCGCAAAGCCACGCUGGUGAAACACCAGAAACUUGUCCAAGAUGCAGAGAAGAAGUUCCAAGCAUCCCAAGAAGCUCGAGCCGAUUGUGCAGACGCCCUCUUUCAGGCCCGCGGAGAGAUCGACAAGCUCCGGAUGGACUUGAGCACUGCGAGAGAAGAAGCCAGAAACGAACUCGAAGCAGCAGAGGAGGACAUUGAAUCGGUCACGACUCAGUUGUUGAUGUGCGAGGACGAGCUUAAAAAGGUCAAAAGGGAGAUCAAGUCCGUUAUGCAAACGGAUUCAGCUCAUGAUCUGGAGACCAUGCAGUGUUGGGAAAAGGUAUUUGGCCCAGGGAGCCCGGGUGAGUUUUGGGAUCCGAAAGUUUGA